AUGUCCUCCAAGGGAAGCAAGCACGACGAAAUAGAUUUCGAGUUUUUGGGUAAUGUAACAGGGCAACCCUACACAAUUCACACAAAUAUCUACAUUAAAGGAGUAGGUAAUAGAGAGCAACAGUUCCGUCUCUGGUUUGACCCUACUUCUUGUUACCACAACUACACCAUUCACUGGAACCCCUCUGCAGUUGUAUGGUAUGUGGAUAGCAUUCCAAUUAGGGUUUUCAGAAACUACGAGAAUAUAGGCAUUCCCUUCCCCAAUCAAAAUGGAAUGAGGGUAUAUUCCAGCUUAUGGAAUGCAGAUGAUUGGGCAACUCAAGGCGGGCGUAUUAAGACAGAUUGGACUGAAGCUCCGUUUAUAGCUAGGUAUACUAAUUUUAAGGCUAGGGCAUGCAAAUGGAAUGGAAAGAUUAGCAUUACUCAAUGUGGGAACAAGACUGCAGCAAAUUGGUGGACUUCUACUGUAUACAGCCAACUAAGCUAUGAUAAACAGGGUCAGAUGAAUUGGGUAAGAGACAAUUACAUGAUCUAUGACUAUUGUAAGGAUGUGAAUCGGUUCAAUGGGCAGAUACCGGCUGAAUGUUUCCAGACACAAUACUAG